GUCACACGCGGAAGUGCCUGGUCUCUGCUGCCGUGCGUCUGCAGUCAACAUGGCCAGCAGAAACAACAACAAGCUGCCCAGCAACCUCCCGCAGCUACAGAAUCUGAUCAAGCGGGACCCGCCGGCCUACAUCGAGGAGUUUCUGCAGCAGUAUAACCACUACAGAUCCAAUGUGGAGAUUUUCAAAUUACAACCGAAUAAACCCAGCAAGGAACUAGCAGAGCUGGUGAUGUUCAUGGCACAGAUUGGCCACUGCUACCCAGAGCAUCUCCGCAGCUUUCCCCAAGAGCUCAAAGAUCUCCUCUCCUACAAUCACACCGUCUUGGACCCAGAUCUUCGGAUGACAUUCUGCAAAUCCUUGAUCUUGCUGAGAAACAAGAAUCUCAUCGAUCCUUCAGGGUUACUGGAGCUCUUCUUUGAACUUCUGCGUUGCCAUGAUAAGCUGCUGCGAACGACUUUAUACACACAUAUUGUGACUGAUAUCAAGAAUAUAAACGCCAAACACAAGAACAAUAAAGUCAAUGUGGUCUUGCAGAACUUCAUGUAUACCAUGUUAAGAGACAGUAAUGCGACUGCAGCCAAGAUCUCUUUGGACGUGAUGAUCGAACUGUAUAGAAGGAACAUCUGGAAUGAUGCUAAAACUGUCAAUGUUAUCACGACAGCGUGCUUCUCUAAGGUGACCAAGAUACUGGUUGCUGCUUUAACAUUCUUCCUCGGGAAAGAUGAAGAUGAAAAACAGGAUAGUGACUCGGAAUCUGAGGAUGAAGGGCCAACAGCCAGAGACCUGCUGGUGCAGUACGCCACAGGGAAGAAAAGCUCCAAAAACAAGAAGAAGUUGGAGAAGGCAAUGAAAGUGCUCAAGAAACAAAAGAAGAAGAAAAAGCCAGAGGUAUUCAACUUCUCAGCUAUUCACUUGAUUCAUGAUCCCCAAGACUUUGCUGAAAAACUCCUCAAGCAGCUGGAGAGCUCCAAGGAGAGGUUUGAAGUGAAGAUGAUGCUCAUGAACCUUAUCUCCAGAUUGGUGGGAAUUCACGAGCUUUUUCUCUUCAACUUCUACCCGUUUGUGCAAAGGUUCCUGCAGCCCCACCAGAGAGAAGUAACGAAGAUCCUUCUGUUUGCUGCACAAGCUUCUCAUCAGCUUGUGCCCCCAGAGAUCAUUCAGUCCUUGCUGAUGACCGUGGCCAACAAUUUUGUUACUGACAAGAACUCUGGGGAAGUCAUGACAGUAGGCAUCAACGCUAUAAAGGAGAUAACGGCCCGAUGUCCUCUGGCCAUGACUGAAGACCUUCUCCAAGACUUGGCUCAGUACAAAACCCACAAAGACAAGAAUGUGAUGAUGGCUGCUAGGACUCUGAUUCAGCUCUUCCGGACACUGAAUCCCCAGAUGUUGCAGAAGAAAUUCCGCGGGAAGCCUACAGAGGCUUCCACAGAGGCACGGGUACAGGAGUACGGAGAGUUAGAUGCUAAAGAUUAUAUUCCAGGAGCGGAAGUGUUGGACGUGGAGAAGGAAGAGAAUGAUGACAAUGAAGAAGACGGUUGGGAAAGUGCCAGCCUCAGUGAGGAAGAGGAAGAGGAAGCUGACGGCGAGUGGGUCGAUGUGCACCACUCUUCCGAUGAGGAGCAGCAGGAAAUUUCCCGGAAGCUGAGCAGCAUGCCCAUGGAGGAGCGGAAAGCCAAAGCCGCCGCCGUCAGCACAAGUCGAGUUUUAACUCAGGAAGACUUCCAGAAAAUCCGCAUUGCCCAGAUGAGGAAAGAGCUGGACGCUGCCCCAGGGAAAGCCCAGAAGAGGAAGUACAUUGAAAUAGACAGUGAUGAGGAGCGCAGGGGCGAGUUGCUUUCCCUUCGGGACAUUGAACGCCUUCAUAAAAAGCCCAAGUCUGACAAGGAGACGAGGCUGGCGACGGCCAUGGCUGGGAAAACAGACCGAAAGGAGUUUGUAAGGAAAAAAACCAAAAUGAAUCCAUUCGCUAGCUCCACGAAUAAAGAGAAGAAGAAGCAGAAGAACUUCAUGAUGAUGCGCUAUAGCCAGAAUGUCCGGUCCAAGAACAAGCGUUCCUUCCGAGAAAAGCAGCUGGCGCUACGAGAUGCACUUUUGAAAAAGAGGAAAAGAAUGAAGUAACUUCCAAGCAAGUUUUCCAAUCCAGAGAGAAUACUGUUUAUAAUGUUGCUCUGUAUAUUAGUAAAGCAAGAAUGUCGGUUUACAUAAAAGAGUCCAGAAGCGUUCUAUUACAAAGCCUGCAGUGAAGUUGGUGAUCACUCAGUGUCUUAGAUUUCAGGGAUGGAAAGUGGUGGCGGUGGAAUCAUGGUAUCAUGAAAUCAUUUUCAUGUAGCGCUCAUACCAAAAAAAAAUUGUUGGGUGCCUAUUACCUGUCACUGUACAUACAGAAAAUAAUGAGCCAUAAUCCCUUCACCAAGCCCAGUGGCUGCCUGGUGGGUCGGGUGCACACACAUGUGCUUCCAGUGCAGUGUAAAUAAUUCUCUUGUGGAGAUGGCCCAUGUGUGCAGAGGCUUUGUGGGCCGACUCUAGGAAAGGAGUUACAGAGUCUCUUAAAACAGGACAAUGUUACAAGAGUAAGAGGUUCUUACGUGUCAGUUGACUUCCCUGCUGCAAACAGGUUUCUGUCCCGCAGACUUGGAGCGAACGGUGUAGCUCCAGGUGAAGGUUUUUUGGUUAAGACCACACUGUUUAAACUGCCUUAAAUAUAAAUAAUAGUGUGGAGUUUUUUUAAUUUACCACUUGAACUCGUAAUAUUGUCUUCCCCAGCCUCCCUUCCUCCCACCGGAUUUUCACUUCUCUGCCUUGGCUCCAUAAAAGGUUCCAGCAUGACAUCCUUGUGCCCAGAUGUGUGGAGGCGUGUGUAUGCUCUCUUCCACUGGCCUGCUCUAGCUGAUUCCAGGGGUCAGUUGUUUUGUAUGUGAAUUGUUGCACCCAGAAGCAGGCUGGUGCCUUUUGUUCCAGAUUUCUUAAGUAAUCUGUGCUAGUUGAGAAAAUUGUCACAAGUUACUCACAAUUAGAGUAAAAGGCGAUUUUCUGCCCUCCCCUAAAGCAGCUCCUAGCAUCACUUUCUUAGCUGCCUUUCCAGUUCCUUUGCUCCCUUUAAGCUUGUUUAAAUGAAAUCUCCCAUCACUGCUGGGUGAUCAGUCAUGCUGUCAGGCUGCUCCUGACCACUUGGUUGCCUCACAGGAAGUUCCCAAUGCAAAUUGGUGUAUUUCAGACAUGAAACCGCACCCUUUUGUUUGUGAAUUUUUGAACCAAGUGCUUUCUGUGUGUCUGAGUUGAGAAAGUGAUAGGAUGGCAUAGCAGCCACAGCCUCGCUGCAUGAGUGUGGAGGUCCCUGGAGGUGUGGGCCUUCCCCUGAGCCACACUGCACUGGGAGCGAGGAGGCCAGAACUCUGCUUGCCCCACCGCCUGUUCCACUGCGGCCUGUUCUCUUCAUAGCCAGAGGUUUAAACUCAAGGUGGAAAGGCACCUGAUUUUAAAAGGCUGGUUCUUAACUAUUUUAUUUCCUGAAUUCCUUAGUAUCUCUUUUAAUCCAGUUUCUUGUUAUUUUAUAAAUCUUUGCUUGAGAAUAUUUCCUGUUGUCAAUUUGAAAAAGUUGGCAGUGUCUGGACUUGAGCUUUUUAACCUUAAAUGUCUGUCAACAUGAGAAUGGGUGCAUUUCAGGGUUGAGUUCAUUGUCAGGGUCAUAGUACCUGAAGUGAUGCUUCAAGUCAGGAUGAAGGAAAUAGAUUUCCACAGUGACUCUACAACAGAAAGUACCUUGUAGAGCUGGCGAGAGGCAUACUCACACCCAAAACGGAAGUAUCUUAGGUGAUGGGGGUAUUGAGUAUUGAUUCAUUUUACAGUCUAGACAUAAAGUGUCAUAUUAUAUAAUAUCAUAAAUAGAUUUCUGGUCAGUUUACCAAAGGAAAAAAAAAUAAUCUCCCAGCCUUGGGUGGGGACCCAGAGGAGGCAGCAGUGCAGCUGGCCAGACCGGGCAAGGCCUCUGUGCUGACCAAGUGAUGCGGUGACAGACAGGUGGACGGUAGGGAGCCCAUCCCAAAUUUGACAUUGUUUUAGUAGAACUUUUGAGAGGUUAUGUUGUGUGAAUUUUGUUUUUUAUUUAUUCAUAUUGUAAUUCUUUCAAAAUGUGUAACCUUCACUGCAGCUCUGUGUGAGCCGGAAUGUUAAGUCAGAAUACUCUGUUUUUAAGCUGUUCUGGAUUCCACAGUUUCAAGUUGUAAUAUGUCAGGGCCACUCUACCACGUGCCAUUCUUUCCUUCCUUGUGUCAUUGCUUUUGGGAAACAGUUUAAUAAACUGAUUAGUUCACAUGA